AGGGCAGCUUCGGGGGAUGGGCGGAGAGCUCUGAAAUGUCUAUCACAGCAGAGACGAAUUGUAAUUGGUAGACAUGCUGGUUACGUUACAAAGAGGGCAGGACAUAUAUAAACCCAGGGCGUGUACCUAUUGUCCGCCAUUUUGUCCAGUGCGAAGAAGCGAGCGUGGUAGCGGAGGUUUGUCUUGGCGGGAAAGCGAGCGAGAGCAUUCGAGCCAGGCGGCUGAGAGGAGUAGAAAAAGCAGCAGCGGCGGCAACAUAGCUGCAAAAGCAACAAUUUAGGAUAGUUUUCCUAGCCCGAAAGCCGAGAUGCAUCGUGAUUCAUGUCCACUGGACUGCAAGGUAUAUGUAGGGAACCUUGGGAACAAUGGCAACAAGACUGAGCUGGAACGUGCUUUUGGCUACUAUGGACCACUGCGCAGCGUGUGGGUUGCUCGAAAUCCCCCUGGUUUUGCCUUUGUUGAAUUUGAAGACCCACGUGAUGCUGCUGAUGCAGUUCGAGAACUAGAUGGGAGAACUCUUUGUGGAUGCCGUGUCAGGGUGGAACUGUCCAAUGGUGAAAAGCGUAGUCGGAACCGUGGUCCACCUCCUUCAUGGGGUAGACGUCCUCGAGAUGAUUACCGUAGAAGAAGUCCUCCACCUCGCCGCAGAUCUCCACGAAGGAGAAGUUUCUCUCGUAGCCGCAGCAGAUCUGUUUCUAGAGAUAGAAGGAGAGAGAGAUCACUGUCAAGGGAAAGAAAUCAUAAGCCUUCUCGUUCGUUUUCCAGAUCUCGUAGCCGCUCCAGGUCAAAUGACAGGAAAUAGAACUUGAGGAAGAGCAGUGUACAGGAAGUCACAUUAGAUCUGAAGAAAGGAGUAUGUACAGAACAUUGUUUUCUUUAAGACUUCAUAAGCUUGGUGCAUUUUUAAAAUGUUUUAGCUGUCAAAUUUUGUUCUUGUCUCUUGUAACAGGUGACAAAUGUAACAGUUGUUGACUCUGUAUAUGAUUCUGAGCAGAUCAUAUGAAGUGUAAUAAACUUUAUGGUGUACCCUUAAGCAUAAUUUGAACUUACAUUAAUGUUAACAAAUACCUUGUGUACCUUUACCAAAUAAACCUGAAAAGCCAUGCAGUGGCAAAUGCUUCUAGUCUAAAUUUUAUAAUACAAAUGGACUAUUAAAUCAUGAACAUUUGCUACAGUCACAGAAGGGUAAUCCAUUCAGGGAUGGCUUGUGAAACUUGGUCAAAAUAAUUAUCAGAAUAAAAACAAUGGCCAGGAAAGGGAAUAUGAAAACUUUGUAGCUAGAUUUUUUUUUAAAGAAAAAAACUGUUUGCAAGUUCUAAUUUGUAUUAUCUCAAAGUUACAACUACUUUCUGUUAUGUAAGUUACAGAUUUAAUUUUGUAUUUCUGAGAAUAGAGUAUUCCUUAGAUAAUGAGCUGCCAGAUACUGAAGCAAAUUAUUCGUAUGCAUAAGGGUACAUUGUAGGUGGUAACAUUGUGCAGAAGUUGUCAUGUCACUGUAAACUUUUUGGAGAUCUUGGGAUUAAAGUUUUGGUUACAAA